AAAAUCGCCAAUUUGGAAGCUGAAGUCUCCCGCUUGAAAUCUGCCGCUUCAACGUCUUCUUCGGCCGAAACAAGUGCCUCUCCUGACGUAACAGCCAUGAAGGAUCGUCUUUCUGCACUGGAGCAGGAGAAUGCUAAGCUAAGCGAUGAUUUGACGACUAAAAUAGGAGAAUUCGAAGAGGUGAAAUUCCGCCUCAGCGCAAUGGCUCCGUCAUUCGAGAAAGCUCAGGCUCGUGUAGCCCAGUUGAACGCGGAAAAGAACGACUUACUGGCUCGCAUUGCGUCUCUGGAAGGCCAAAUCAGUGCAGUGUUAUCUGGAAACCAACCACGUCCAUCGCUCUCCUUGUCUGCUUCCUCUGUUAUGUCAGCUGGUUCAUUACCUGACAGCAUCACGACACGAGGAGCCGGCUGGGUGGAUAUGGUGCAGUGGCUAGAGAUGCACUGUCACCCAAAUCGUCCAAGACUCCUCAUUCGCACGUUCAUUAGCGUAGUCCCGUCGUCACCUGUCACGUAUUCGCUUGCAACAUCGUCUGCUGCUCGCAUAAGUCCUGGGCAGUCUCUGUUUGGCAAGUCUGCUCCAACCGCGGCUCCAAGCGUGAGCACUUCAACUGCAAACAGUUCCUCAGAGGGAAACAUUGGAUGUGCAUCAGUGAUAACCGAAGCAGAACAAAGCAGUCAGGUAAGUGGCAGUGGUGAAGUACGUAGAGAUGUCAACGACGAUGAUGGCGCUGGCCAUAAUGACUCUGCGGGAGAAUCGCGCGACAGCGGUAGUGGCAUGCCGGUGUCAUCAUCAGAUGGAAGGCGUAAACGCACUGCAACCAAUGAGUCAUCCAGCUGCGAGUCAAAGCGCCAUCGUGACAGCCCGAGUGAAGUGGUCACCAGCAGCGAAGAACGGCGUGAUCUUGACGUGAUUCCCGAAAGCGGAAUGGUAGCCGCUGCUGACAUGGAAGUAAUGGAUGUUCCAGAUGACGCUGAAGGCGAUGAGGACAUUGAAGUUCUUGAAGAAGGACAAGAAGACUCGGUACAACAUAUUGAAUUGCUCUCUGAUGAGGAUGUGUCUGAGCAAUCAAUGGAUGAUUUUGAUGAAGAUGAAGAUGACGGUGGAAUGGAAUCGGACGAAGAAAUAGAUAACGGAGAUUCUGCUGACGUCGUGCAGGUACUCUCUGAUGGAGAAGACGAUGCUGAAGAGAUAGGCGAAGUAGAGAUGGAAGAUGACCACGGUGAUGAUGAGCUUGACGACGGGGAUGGACUGGUUGUCGGUCAAGAUGAUGAAGCGUUGGCUGCUGAUGACAAUUCGCUCGAUGCACCGGCUCAUUCCGGUGAUUUUGUGGACGAUGAGGAUCGCGAAGCGGCAUCGGCUGUAGAAGAAGCUGAUGAUGAAGGCAGAACGGACACUGGUGGAUCUGCUGCACCUCAGACAGCUCGUCUACGUAUCCCAAUUGUUUACGGUGCUGAGGAUCAAUGCUCAAGCAGUAACGAAAGUGGAGCAGCUCAAUUUGCUGCACGACGUCGUCGCCCUAUUGGACUUUAUCAACCAGGAAUUCGUCACGUAGCCCCCAGCAGUGCGCAUCAGGAUAUUCCGGCAGAAAGAAUGAGCGCUAGAAUGAGAGGAAGAGCUCGCGCCGCUCUUCGUGGCCGUGGCAAAGGACGUGGAGCGAAGCAUUGA